UCCUGCAAAAGUUAGCCUUGUUUAGCCUGAAAUAAACUUGAUUUUUUUAGACUUCGCCAAGAUGUGUGAGAUCCUCCCUCAGAUGAUAGGAGUUGCAAUGGCAGGGAAGGCUGUUACAAAAGUGGUCCACAGAUGCCACAGCGCCAAAGAGGACAGAAAUCUAAAUUUGUCAGAAUGCCAGUUGAUGUCUUUCCCAGAUGCCGUUUACCAUUUGAUGCGGAACACUGUGUUGAUUUCUUGCGAUCUGUCUUCAAAUGUGUUCAGAAAAAUCCCACCUCAGUUGCCCAUGAAAUUUUUUAACAUCUCUGAACUCAACUUAUCCAACAAUCGUUUAAGCACGCUACCAGAAGAGUUAAAAGAUCUCAAAGAAUUACGAAGACUAGAUUUGUCUCAUAAUGAUUUCAUGAUUUUGCCAAGAGUUGCCUUCAAAAUACCACAUCUUAUCUUCCUAAACCUGAAACAGAAUUUCAUUGUAGAUGUUGACAUCUCCAAAGUACAGGCAGCUCCCUCCCUAAAAGAGCUGAACAUGGAGGACAACCCUCUGACGAGGACGUCUUACAUCCAACUUCGAUCCAUCCCAGCAGACAAAAUCCUCGUCCACGUCUCGGAGCCCAAGCCCAGCGACGAUGACGACGACGAUUUCACUGUGAGCCCACCGAACAGCAGUGUUUAAGAACUGACGAGUUUUUUAUACAUCUAUUUCCAGAAGCUCAGGGCUGUGAUGAAAGAUACAUUUUGUACAAAUUUCGUUAUUGCAAAUCUGUUCUACUGUUAAUUUUGAUAAAUUUGACGAUGAAGUUGGACAAUCAGUUGUGUAUAGUUUUUGACAAGAAGGUUAAAAAACGGUUGCUUCGAGCAGUAUGUUUUUUUAGACAUUUCCAAAGUAUGGUUUUAAUUUUUUAACGAUGUAAAUGCGCAUUAUGUUUGUGUAUGGAUAUCGAUUUCAAAUGCUAGUGAAAUAAUUCAAAAAAGUUUCAUUUUUUUAAAGCUUUGUCUAAUUAAUUUUUUGGGUGCAUGAUGGAAUUUUGAAUUGUGAAAAAUACUUAAAAUUAUGGAUGAUUAUGGUUUAUUAUUUAAACCUACUUUAUUGCUUAACCCUUUAUUUACCGAAUUACUUUAAUAUCAAGAUUUCAAAUUUAUUUUUGAACCAUUAGUUAAUUUUUGGUAAUAAUAAACGCAGGAAGAAGAAAAAAAAACUUUAAUUAAUUAAAAUAAUUUAAUUGAUUGCAUUGAUUAAAAAGGACUUUUAAUAUUAUUUUUUAGAUUAUAUCUACUUUUUAUUGGAAAAACAUUCUUCGUGUUCUUUUAAAUACUGUUCGAAAAAAUAUUCAAAUUGUGCAGAUAUCAGCCACAUUGAAACGGUACUUUAAAGUACCGUCUGUAAACAAAGGGUUAAAGAGGACAAAGAUAAAAAUAUAUAUAAUAAAUUCGUUGAGCAAAGCAGCAUUCAUUCAAGCACUUGCAUUGCUUGAAUAUUUUGAAAAUAGCGCAAUUUUUUUUCUUGUAAAUCAAACUUUGCUAUAGAUUAUUGCUUAUUUUAAUCAUUUAAUGAGAAUUUUUUUAAAUAUGUAAUUGUUGAUAGUAAGAAAGUAGACUUACAAUUCAAAAAUUAAAACUUUCACUAAACCAAAAAAAAAAAAUUCUAAAUUUAAUUUUAUAUCAAAUAUAUAUGAUGAACUACAGAAGUUAGUGCAAUGCUUUGUAUAAAAUAAGUUAAUUUUCAAUAUAACUCCGUCUAUAUGUUUAAAAAAUAAAUGAUAAAUUUAAUGCACUGUGAUUUCGUAAAAUUUACAAAAAAAAAAAAGUGAUUUACUUUUAAAAAUUUCUUGGUGAAAAGCAGAUAACUUUCCUAUAACUUUUUUAUUACUUUUCUUUUUGAAAAAAAAAAUAUGCCCCUUCGCAGAUUUCAGCUUUAAUUCAUCAUAACUAAAAGUUUUAAAUUUUAAAUUUUUGAAUACAGAAACUCGAUUUAAAUUAUUUUUAUAAGAAACAGAGUAACAGCUUUUAAAUAUUCUUUCGGAGAUAGUCUUAGAAGUGUUCUGUGUAAAAUAUAUAUUUUAUAAGAUAAAAUGCGCAAGUUUUUAAAUUAGAUGAAUUUUUAUAACGCUGUGAUCUUUUAUAAUAUCCACUAAAAUCUACUUAUGUUUGUGCAACCUAAAUUCCUGCUUCAUUGUGUUCAACUUAAGGGUGAUUAUAUCAAAUGUCUAUUAACAAGUCAGAAUCGAAUAUAAAUACUUUCCUAAAGUGUUUAUAAGAGAAGCUGUGGCUUUCUGGGAUAUUAUUUGUAUAUAUUGCAUGUAAAAUGUGUUACUUUUUUUUACUUUAAUGAUAAUUAUCAUUAUUUUAAUGAUAAUUAUCAGUCUGUUUGUUUUUAUGACUAAAGAACCUAAUAUUUAUAAAAAAAUUUCACAUAAGAGUAAUAUUUAGCUGAAAUUGAGCUGUUCUUAUUUUGUAUAAUGUAACAAAAUGCAGUCGAACUUCUGUAUAUCAAAGUUGAAAAUUCCUGAAAAAAAUCCGAUAUAUAGAAAUUUUAUAAUACAGAAAACAUUACAGAUUUUCCUUCUUUUUCUUAUUAAAAAUAACUAUGCAUAGUCACUUUUUUUUAAGUUAAAAAAGAAUUCAACUAUCUGAGAAGUAAUUUACGAACAUGUUCAAAAAAUAAUUUUUCAAAAUUAUUUUUACCUUACUUUCCAUCAUUCUUCUGAAAACCACAAUAAGAAAUUUAAAGAUGAAAUCCAUUUGCUGUAAAAAUCUCACUAAAAGAACAGUAGCUAAAAAUAUGGUUCAGCUAGUUUCGUUUAGUUAUAUUAACGUCCUAUUUUAAAGCAGCUAUGGCUAUUUUGAACCGGACUUCCUAAUAUUAAACUCAGAUGACGAGGACGACAACUGAGCUGGUAGCCUCCCUCUCCAAACUUCCACACCACACAGCAAAUGAUAGUUGCCUUUCGUAAAAAAACUUCCGCUCUAUUAAGAAGUUCUUUUUCGGCAAAAAUUGGUGAAAUAGUUUCUUUUUCUUUUACCUUAUUUAAUUUACAUUAUAUCUGUUGAACUAAAUCUAUUAUUGCUUUUUGUCUGAAAUAGGUAUACAUUAUUUAUCCAGGCAAAAAAAAAGAUUAUUCCAUAGAUAUAAAUUAAUCUUUUAUUAAAAAUUAACGAUUCCUGAAAAAAAGUUCGAUUUAUAAAGAUUUUUGUUAUAUGGAAACUCGAUAUAUGAAAGUUCGACUGUAAUAUCAAGGCAUGUACUGUUUGUUUAUUUGCAAUAUUGAUUCUUGAUUAAAAUGUUGACUUUUAAGAAUAAUGUUUAAAAAAAUUCUGAAAUUGAACUAAUUAAAUUAUAUACAUUUUUAAAUUCCAUUAUUCACAAAAUUUGUAAAUUUUGGGUUUCUUUUAUGCAGUUUGAAAUUUAAUAGAUAUCGAUGAAUUUUAGAUUUGUGCGUGCUAUCUUACUUGCAGCUGUUAUUAUUUAAAAUAAUUUUAUGUAUAUUUAGUUGUUUUUUUACAAAGUAUAAAAUAUAUGAAAAAUUUUGGAAA